AUGGCGUGGCAAGGAUUUAGAUUGGACAACGAAAAACUCUGCUGUUCCAUCUGUCUGGAUCCCAUGAAAGAUCCUGUAACUAUUCCCUGUGGACACAACUACUGCGUGAACUGCAUUAAACAGCAUUGGGAUAGAGAGGAUCAUAAGAACAUCUACAGCUGUCCUCAGUGCAGACAGACCUUCAUACCAAGACCUGUCCUGGUGAAAAACACCAUGUUAGCAGAUUUAGUGGAGGACCUGAAGAAGACUGGACUCCAAGCUGCUCCAGCUGAUCACUGUUAUGCUGGACCUGAAGAUGUGGCCUGUGAUGUCUGUACUGGGAGAAAACUGAAAGCUGUCAAGUCCUGUCUGCAGUGUCUGGUCUCUUACUGUGAGCAACACCUCCAGCCUCACUAUGAAUCUCCUGCCUUUGAAAAACACAAGCUGGUCAACUACUCUAAGAACCUUCAGGAGAACAUCUGCCCUCAUCAUGGUGAGGUGAUGAAGAUUUUCUGCUGCACUGAUCAGCAAUUGAUCUGUUAUCUCUGCACCAUGGAUGAACAUAAAAACCACGCUACAGUUCCAUCUUCAGCAGAAAGGAUUGAGAGACAGAGAGAACUCGAGCUAAGUCAGAAAAAACUUCAACUGCAAAUCCAGGACAGAGAGAAAGAUGUGAAAAUGCUUCAACAGGAGGUGAAGGCAAUUGAUUGCUCUGCUGAUAAAGCAGUGGAAGAUAGUGAUAAGAAUUUCACUGAACUGAUCCAUCUCAUUGAGAAAAAAAGCUCAGAUAUGAAGCAACAGAUCAGAUCCACGCAGAAAACUGAAGUGAGUCGGGUCAAAGAGCUUCAGGAGAAGCUGCAGCAGGAGCUUGUUGAUUUGAAGAGGAAAGAAGCCGAGUUGGAACAGCUCUCACACACAGAGGAUGACACCCUAUUUCUACAAAUUUUCCCCUUUCUUUCAAGACUCAGUGAAUCAACAGAGUCACCUUGCACCAAAAUCCGUCCUCUGCGGUACUUUGAGAAUGUAAUGCUAGCUGUGUCAGAGUUUAAAAAUAAACUACACGACAUGUUUAGUGAGGCAUGGACCAAUAUCUUACUGACGGCAAGAUCAGUGGAUGUUUUACUACCGCAAGCAGAGCCCAAGACCAGAGAUGAGUUCUUACAGUAUUCAUGUCUUAUCACACUGGAUCCAAACACAGCAUACUCAAAGCUGUUGUUAUCUGAAGGGAACAGAAAACUAGCAUAUGUGAGUAAAAAACAGGUAUACCCUAGUCACCCAGAGAGAUUCAUGAACAGAUCUCAGGUCCUGAGUAGAGAGAGCCUGACUGGACGUCAUUACUGGGAGGUGGAGUGGAGUGGUGUGGGAAUUUUUGUGGGAGUCGCAUACAAAGAUAUUAGUAGGACAGGGAAUGACAGUGAAUUUGGCAACAAUGGCAGGUCUUGGGCAUUAGAGUGUUCAGACAGUUAUUGUGAAUUCAGUCAUAAUAAAGUCAGCACUUCUGCCCCAGCCCCUCAGUCCUCCAGAGUAGGAGUGUACCUGGAUCACAGUGCAGGUAUUCUGUCCUUCUACAACGUCUCUGACACCAUGACUCUCCUCCACAGAGUCCAGACCACAUUCACUCAGCCUCUCUAUGCUGGAUUCAGGGCUUCUAAUUUCUUAGGUUCGGGAUCCACUGCUGUGUUGCAUGAGCCUGUGUAGACACAGUAGUUAUAAGAGAGGAAAUGAGUGGAAUGAGAGUUUCAAUUUUAGACAGUGCUUUUUUCUUUGUUUGAGCAGCUAAAGCUGAUAUACUGCAAACA